AUUUGUCUGGAAAGAUACCAUCCAUGUGGCAUCAAUGCAAGGAAUUGAUCGAUUUAGCAUUGGGUGAUAACAUGUUCGAGUCAGGAAUAAUUCCAAUUGACAUUGGAAAUUUGACCAACCUUCAAUAUCUAUAUCUUCGCAACAUACGCUUGCAAGGAAGCAUCCCAAAUGAGAUCGGAGAUCUUUUACAAUUGAAGGGGUUGUAUCUUGGAGGAAAUCAACUUACUGGUUCCAUACCAUCUUCAUUAUUUAACAAUUCAGUGCUGCAACAAAUUGAUCUCGGAGAAAAUAGCUUAUCAGGUUUUGUACCCAAAGGGAUAGGCAAUCUUGAUAAACUCAGUAUCUUAGCCUUGUCCAAUAAUUAUUUUAAAGGAUCUAUUCCUUCCAACAUAUUCAAUAUUUCAACAUUGACAAGAGUUUUACUAGAUAAUAAUUUCUUUUCUAGCCUCCUCCCAUCAUAUUUAGGAAUUGGCCUUCCUCGAUUGGAACAGUUAAUGCUACAUGAAAAUAAAUUAACUGGACAAAUUCCAAAUAGCAUAUCAAAUGCUUCUAAGCUCAUUUUGUUAGAUUUGUCAUCAAAUAAACUUAGUGGAGGUAUACCCAAUGGGAUUGGAAAUUUAACGAACUUGAUCAAAUUAGCUUUGGAUGGGAAUGAUUUGAUUGGGGUGAUUCCAACUGGAGUUAAUGAUUUACAUAGCCUACAAUUUUUAAGUCUCAGCAACAACAGAUUACAAGGGUCCAUUAUAAAUGAACUUUGCCAGCUCCAAAGUCUAAAGGAGUUGUUUCUUGCCAACAACAUGUUUUUGGGAGUACUUCCAGGAUGCCUAGGGAAUACUUCUUUGUAGCAGUUGAAUUUUAGCUCUAACAAAUUGUUUUCUCAUAUACCCUUUUCUCUAUGGAGUCUUAAAGAUAUCUUGGUUUUGGAUAUAUCCUUAAAUGCCCUCAGUGGAAUAAUUCCACCAAUUGUAUCAAACUUGAGAGCAAUUAUAUUGUUGAACUUGUCAGGAAACCAAAUUUCAGGAAGCAUCCUUACAACUAUGGGUGACUUGCAAACUUUGAUAAACUUAUCUUUGGCUCAUAACAAAUUACAUGGGCCUAUUCCUGAAUCAUUUAGCGGCAUGAUACGCAUCGAGUGCAUUGAUAUUUCUUAUAAUUACUUGUCUGGUGUGAUUCCAAAGUCCUUAGAGUCAUUACUCUAUCUUAGCUAUAUUAAUCUUUCAUACAAUUUAUUGCAUGGAGAAAUUCCAAAUGGUGGUUCUUUUCAAAAUUUCACUGCUCAAUCUUAUGUGAUGAAUAAAGAUCUUUGUGGGAAAAUCCAACUACAAG